GGCUCAUUCGGUUUGGAGGAAAUCAAAACGUAGGAACUAGGAGUAGUAUAGGAAUAUGAUAGGAUGGCACUUGCCAUCCUAAGGAAUUGACUUGCCUCGUUCCUACGCGUAAAAUGAGCUUUGAGUGGAUGUGUAGUUUCCUCCAAAAACACGGGAAAUGAGUAGUAUUCCUACGAAAUUCCUGCACGCAUUUCCUACAAACCGAAUGAAUACAUAGGAAAUUUUCCUCUGGAAUCCUUAUUCCUAUGUUUUUCCUACGAAAAUCCUCCAAACCGAAUGAAGCCGAAAAAUCUAGCUCUUCUGCUAGUCACAUAUCUGGCGGCAUGAAUGAACCACUCAGAGGACCUACGAGUUCAAGUGCUUUCUCUUUUCCUUUCUCACUCCUCGAAGAUGAUCAUGCAUUGGCCAUUAUGUGUGUGUGUGUGGUAGUGAAAGACUUGCUUGGUCGUAGUGAAGAAACCCCACACCCGAUGCUAUUUAUAGAGGAUAGUUGGACACAAGCAGUGGAAUUAAAGUAAAUUGAAUACAAUAGCUACAUUCACAAAGUGAUAUAUUGCUUUAUGCUUUAUUAUCAUGGAAAUAUAGAAGAGUGCUCUAGAUACAUCGUGAAGGACCAUAGAUUGUGCUAAAGGCGCACCAGGGGUACAUGACGACAAAGCUACGACUCCCCACCAAGUGCUCUAAUAUGAGAUUUCAAAUUUUUUAUCUUAAAAUCACUGGUCGGUAAUGAGGACGCGUGCUUCAACUGUAAACGGAUCGUUUCACCGCUUCUAGAAUCCACAUUGCAUGUUACUCUAUCACUAUUUUUAAGCAACAUUAGUACUAAGUAAGUGCAUGAACUAGCUCCCUUCUUGGCACUGCAUGCCAUUUGUGUCCUACCGAGUGGAGUGGUGGUGGUGGGCAAGAUCGAUUGGCAUUGCGUCUUCAGUUGAAGCUGUCUUGCUCAAAAGAAGGGGAGCCCCAGGAAUAGUGUGUGACCAGUGAGUACAGAGAGCAGGAUUGCUAUUUUGGGAAGAAUAUUAAAGGUGUGAGCUUCGCUGGUGGUGUGUGAGGAGUUUUCCUUUUGAUGGCACCAUGGAACAGCUUGUGGGCCGGCAGGGCCGCCAUUGCCGGCGGCAAUGCCUACCGCGACAUGCCGGUCAUUGUCAAGAUGGAGAACCCCAACUGGUCUAUUUCGGAGAUUAACGGUGGCGGUGACAACGGCGAGGACUUCUUGGCCCGAGUAGGCGGGCAAAGGCGAAGAGUGAAGAACACGAAGCAGAUCACAUGGGUGUUUCGUCUCAAGGCCCACCGUGCCGCUGGUUGCCUAGCGUGGCUCACAUCCGCCGCGGUUGCGCUGGGCGACGCUGCACGCCGCCGUGUUGUGGCCGGCCGGACGGACUCUGACGCCACUGAUGGGGAAUGCGAGGAUGUGGCGGAACGGGCUCCCACUUCGAGGCGGUCUCGGUUCUACACGCUUAUCAAGGCUUGCCUCAUGAUGUCCAUCUUUCUCCUUGUUGUCGAGCUCGCCGCCUACUCCAACGGCAAGGGGAACCUCGUUGUCUUCAUCAAUUCUUUCAAUGCGUCGUGGAUACGCUUUCGUGCCGCCUACGUUGCCCCACCGCUCCAGCUCCUCGCCGACGCAUGUGUGGUGCUCUUCCUAGUCCAGAGUGUCGACCGCCUCUUCCAGAGCCUCGGUUGCUUCUACAUUCUCGUCAAACGCAUCAAGCCUAAGCCUCUCUCUCCAGCACUGUCUGAUGCAGAGGACCCCAAUGCCGGCUAUUACCCCAUGGUGCUCGUACAAAUACCAAUGUGCAAUGAGAAAGAGGUGUAUCGGCAGUCGAUUGCAGCAGUCUGCAAUUUAGAUUGGCCGAGGUCCAACUUUCUUGUGCAGGUGCUGGACGACUCCGAUGACGUGGCAACGCAGGCAUUGAUCAAAGAUGAGGUGGAGAAGUGGAGGCACAGUGGUGCACACAUUGUGUACCGACAUCGUGUCCUUAGGGAGGGCUACAAGGCAGGUAACCUCAAGUCGGCGAUGAGUUGCAGUUAUGUGAAGGACUACGAGUAUGUCGCCAUCUUUGAUGCCGACUUCCAGCCAUACCCCGAUUUCUUGAAGCGCACUGUGCCGCAUUUUAAGGACAACGAGGAUCUGGGUCUUGUCCAAGCCAGAUGGUCAUUUGUGAACAAAGAUGAGAACCUAUUGACACGGUUGCAGAACAUUAACCUAUGCUUCCACUUUGAGGUGGAGCAACAGGUGAAUGGUGUGUUCAUCAACUUCUUUGGGUUCAAUGGCACAGCUGGGGUGUGGAGGAUCAAGGCUGUGGAGGACUCAGGAGGGUGGAUGGAACGAACAACGGUGGAAGACAUGGACAUUGCUGUUCGUGCACACCUAAAGGGCUGGAAGUUUGUCUUUCUGAAUGAUGUUGAGUGCCAAUGCGAAUUACCAGAGUCGUACGAGGCUUACCGCAAGCAACAACACCGGUGGCAUUCGGGGCCGAUGCAAUUGUUUAGGCUAUGCUUGCCAGAUAUCAUUAGAUGCAAGAUUGUCUUCUGGAAGAAGGCCAACCUAAUAUUCCUUUUCUUCUUGCUACGCAAGCUCAUCUUGCCUUUUUAUUCCUUCACACUCUUCUGCAUUAUCCUCCCAAUGACAAUGUUUGUGCCUGAAGCUGAGCUUCCCAAUUGGGUCGUCUGUUACAUCCCAGUGUUAAUGUCAUUCCUAAACAUUGUCCCUACACCGAAAUCGUUCCCGUUUAUCAUCCCAUACCUGCUCUUCGAGAACACCAUGUCUGUUACCAAGUUCAAUGCCAUGAUCUCUGGACUGUUCCAGCUAGGAAGUACAUAUGAGUGGGUCGUCACCAAGAAGUCCGGUCGAUCAUUGGAGGGUGAUCUCAUUUCCUUGGCGCCCAAGGGGUUGGAGCAACUAAAAUAUGGCUCAGUGCCAGCCAUCAACCUAGCAAUCAAGGAGCAAUCGAAGGCCAAAAAGGAAUCCAAGAAGUACAACCGAAUAUAUAAAAAGGAGCUUGCCAUGUCACUACUCCUCCUGUCCGCCGCCGCUCGCAGCUUACUAUCAAAGCAAGGGAUUCACUUCUAUUUCCUGUUGUUCCAAGGCAUCUCCUUUUUGCUUGUGGGACUCGAUCUCAUAGGUCAGGACAUCAAAUAAAUCAACCAUAGCAUGGACAUAGAAAGUAAUUUGUCACUAAACUUGCAAUAUGUGGGGUCAUGGAUGUUGUUGUACCUUCCAUCGACAGAGGGGUGUAGGAGCUAGGACCCCGAAGCGAACAUGCGGCAUGGUAGUAAAAGGAUUCUUACAACAGUGUAUGUAUGUCAUGUGUAGAUAUAUAUUAGAUCAGUCAUCUUGUUGAUCUGUGAAUCUGCCUAACUGGUUCUGGUCAAUCACAUUCUUUUGUAACAUGUUGUUCUAGAUGAUGUUCAGGUUAGAAUUAUA